UAUUCAGACUUACCAUUUAAGGGUCUACAUCAACUCGUCAUCUGGCUAGCUUCAAGUCGAUAAAGAAUGGUAGUCACCUCGUAUCUGAAAGUUAGAAUUAAAUCAAUAUCUUCAUCGUUUACCGGUUUUUUGAGCUAGAUUAGGUGCGUAUGAAAAUAAAUAUUGUGCACUCUUACCUCGAGAGUGAUCGUUGACUUUAAUAGUACUUUCUUGAAUUUUCACUCAUGAAUCGCAGCAAGAGAGCGAUUCCCUUUUUGACCUGUAAAUAUUUCGUAAUUUUAUUAGUUCACUAACCAUUUUUUUAUAGUUUAAAUAAGUAUUUACUUAAGUAUAAUUUUGUUCUUACUCACUUUUUGUUGUAAGUUGUUGAAAUACCUUCCUCUGUGUAUCGGUGCAGAUCGUGGAUCUUCUACUUAAUUUUUAAUAAGUAGGCUGUAAGAAAUUUAAAGUUAUUAGCUCAUAAGUUCAUAAUUAUUGAUUUAUGAAAAAAAAUAACUGAAUUACAGUACUUAGGUAAACUUAUUUUAAUUCAAACUCACCUUUUUGGUAAAUCACAGUAAUUCUGAAAUAUAUCUUGAGGUUCAAACGUACGAGGGCUUCAACGGACGAAAUAUGUAUGGUACCUAAUUCUGAGUUUUCGUGAGCUGUAACAUGGUAUCCCAAAUGAAAUAUUUUAGAAAAGGACGUAUGUCAACGAAUUAAAUAGGCUUUAAGGCUUUUUAAAUUACGAUGUAACAUUUUUGCUUAAUUUUAGUUUUGGGGUAUAAAACAGCGAAGUCUUUGGUAAAAAUUAUCAGAAGCAGAUCAAGAACCUCCUCGCCGAAAAGAGUUGAGUAACCCCCGCUCCUCAGUGAAGAGAGUUGAGCCCUGAGCGACACCAGCCACCGCUUACCAGCCCUGAGUCGGCCCCGGCGCUGUGCAAGUGAACACUUCAAGCUAAAACAAGUUCCACUUCUGAGCACUAUGUCCGAUUCAGAAUUUGAAGUUAUUCCGAAGCAGGGAUCUACAAAGAAGACUCCUGCUGCACGCCAAAUGAAGCGUUCGCGAGCCCCUCCGUCGAUUUCGUCGAUUGACCAGGAGAAUACAAAGAAGAAAUCAAAGACACACGACAUCUUCGGGCUAAGUCACGGGCGCACGGUCGGCAAUGAAGGAAGCGACAAGAGGAUCGUAUCGUACUUCGUGAACAAGGUGGCGAACGGGUCAGAGCGGCGUACAACUAGCUUGGAUGGCGAAUACGUGGUGGACUUGAAGAUAUACCAUGCCAACGACGUGAACAACACUGAUUCAAGAGAAGUCUGGCGCAAGGCUCUUCUACGAAUCAAGCUGCAGACUCCGGAUGACAGCGAUGAGUGGAAGUUGUUACAGAAGCUAGUUACACGAAUUGACAAAAACUUUGAAGAUGAACCACGAUUUUACUCUGACAAACUUGUAGAUUGAACACGAUUGAACAAAUAAAAGCAUUACUCCUUA